AUGGCUCACUAUAUUGCAUUUCUCUGCACGGUUUUGGUGCUGCUUCUUCAGAAUUCUGUGUUAGCCGAAGAUGGGGAAAUAAGAUCAAGUUGUCGUACUGCUCCGACAGAUUUAGUUUUCAUCUUAGAUGGCUCUUAUAGUGUUGGCCCAGAAAACUUUGAAAUAGUGAAAAAGUGGCUUGUCAAUAUCACAAAAAACUUUGACAUAGGGCCAAAGUUUAUUCAAGUUGGAGUGGUUCAGUAUAGUGACUACCCUGUGCUGGAGAUUCCUCUUGGAAGCUAUGAUUCAGGAGAACAUUUGACGGCAGCAGUGGAAUCCAUACUCUACUUAGGAGGAAACACAAGGACAGGGAAGGCCAUCCAGUUUGCCCUCGAUUACCUUUUUGCCAAGUCCUCACGAUUUCUGACUAAGAUAGCAGUGGUACUUACGGAUGGCAAAUCCCAAGAUGACGUCAAGGAUGCAGCUGAAGCAGCAAGAGAUAGUAAGAUAACAUUAUUUGCCAUUGGUGUUGGUUCAGAAACAGAAGAUGCCGAACUUAGAGCUAUUGCCAACAAGCCUUCGUCUACUUAUGUGUUUUAUGUGGAAGACUAUAUUGCAAUAUCCAAAAUAAGGGAAGUGAUGAAGCAGAAACUUUGUGAAGAAUCUGUCUGUCCAACACGAAUUCCAGUGGCAGCUCGUGAUGAAAGGGGAUUUGAUAUUCUUUUAGGUUUAGAUGUAAAUAAAAAGGUUAAGAAAAGAAUACAGCUUUCACCAAAAAAGAUAAAAGGAUAUGAAGUAACAUCAAAAGUUGAUUUAUCAGAACUCACAAGCAAUGUUUUCCCAGAAGGUCUUCCUCCAUCAUAUGUAUUUGUGUCUACCCAAAGAUUUAAGGUCAAGAAAAUAUGGGAUUUAUGGAGAAUAUUAACUAUUGAUGGAAGGCCGCAAAUAGCAGUUACCUUAAAUGGUGUGGACAAAAUAUUAUUAUUUACAACAACCAGCAUAAUUAAUGGCUCACAAGUGGUUACCUUUGCUAACCCUCAAGUUAAGACAUUGUUUGAUGAAGGCUGGCACCAAAUUCGUCUCUUAGUAACAGAGCAAGAUGUAACUCUGUAUAUUGAUGACCAGCAAAUUGAAAACAAGCCCUUACAUCCAGUUUUAGGGAUCUUGAUCAAUGGGCAAACUCAAAUUGGAAAAUAUUCGGGAAAAGAAGAAACUGUUCAGUUUGAUGUCCAAAAGUUGCGAAUCUACUGUGACCCAGAACAGAACAACCGGGAGACAGCAUGUGAGAUUCCUGGAUUUAAUGGAGAGUGCCUUAAUGGUCCCAGUGAUGUAGGUUCAACUCCAGCUCCCUGUAUUUGUCCUCCGGGAAAACCAGGACUUCAAGGCCCCAAAGGUGACCCUGGACUGCCUGGGAACCCUGGCUACCCUGGACAACCUGGUCAAGAUGGUAAGCCUGGAUAUCAGGGAAUUGCAGGGACACCAGGUGUUCCAGGAUCUCCAGGAAUACAAGGAGCUCAAGGACUACCGGGUUAUAAAGGAGAACCAGGGCGAGAUGGUGACAAGGGUGAUCGUGGACUUCCUGGUUUUCCUGGGCUUCAUGGCGUGCCAGGAUCAAAGGGUGAAAUGGGUGCCAAAGGAGACAAAGGAUCACCUGGAUUUUAUGGCAAAAAGGGAAGUGGUGCAAAAGGUGAAAAGGGGAAUGCUGGCUUCCCUGGCCUCCCUGGACCUGCUGGAGAACCAGGAAGACAUGGAAAGGAUGGAUUAAUGGGUAGUCCCGGUUUCAAGGGAGAAGCAGGAUCCCCUGGUGCUCCAGGGCAGGAUGGAACACGGGGAGAGCCUGGAAUCCCAGGAUUUCCAGGAAACCGAGGAUUAAUGGGCCAAAAGGGAGAAAUUGGGCCUCCAGGACAGCAAGGAAAAAAAGGAGCCCCAGGGAUGCCUGGUUUAAUGGGAAGCAAUGGCUCACCAGGUCAGCCUGGAACACCAGGAUCUAAGGGAAGCAAAGGUGAACCUGGAAUUCAAGGGAUGCCUGGGGCUUCUGGGCUCAAGGGAGAACCAGGAGCAGUGGGUUCCCCAGGAGAACCAGGAUACAUGGGUUUACCCGGAAUUCAAGGUAAAAAGGGGGACAAAGGAAAUCAAGGUGAAAAAGGUAUUCAGGGUCAAAAGGGAGAUAAUGGAAGACAGGGAAUUCCAGGGCAACAGGGAAUUCAAGGCCAUCAUGGUGCAAAAGGAGAGAGAGGUGAAAAGGGAGAUCCUGGUGUCCGAGGUGCCAUUGGAUCAAAAGGAGAAUCUGGGGUGGAUGGCUUGAUGGGACCUGCAGGUCCUAAGGGGCAACCUGGGGACCCAGGUCCUCAGGGACCCCCAGGUUUGGAUGGGAAGCCCGGAAGAGAGUUUUCAGAACAAUUUAUUCGACAAGUUUGCACGGAUGUAAUAAGAGCCCAGCUACCAGUCUUACUUCAGAGUGGAAGAGUUAGAAAUUGUGAUCAUUGCCAGUCCCAACAUGGCUCCCCGGGUAUUCCUGGGCCACCUGGUCCUGUAGGACCAGAGGGUCCCCGAGGAUUACCUGGUUUGCCAGGAAGAGAUGGUGUUCCUGGAUUAAUGGGUGUCCCUGGACGUCCAGGUGUCAGAGGAUUAAAAGGCCUACCAGGAAGAAACGGGGAAAAAGGGAGCCAAGGGUUUGGGCAUCCUGGAGAACAAGGUCCUCCUGGUCCCCCGGGUCCAGAGGGCCCUCCUGGAAUAAGCAAAGAAGGUCCUCCAGGAGACCCAGGUCUCCCUGGCAAAGACGGAGAUCAUGGAAAACCUGGAAUCCAAGGGCAACCAGGCCCCCCAGGCAUCUGCGACCCAUCACUAUGUUUUAGUGUAAUUGCUGGAAGAGAUCCAUUCAGGAAAGGACCAAACUAUUAG